ACAUCACCUGUUACUCAGGACGAUGGUUACCUGUCCCCAUAUUGUUGCUCCAGUGAUGAAGAGCUGGAUCGUUCACAAAACCGAGAAUUACUGGACGAAAUGCCAGCCUUCUCCACACAUUCCUUGUCUCCAUCCGGAAGAUCUCUUUCACCGAUUGAUAUGGAAACUCCAUCACCGCCAAGGUAUUCCCUUAAUUCGACCUACCAUAGUGCUUUCGGGACACCGUGUGAUAGUCCCAGCCAACAGCCACCUCCAGGAAAAGGUUACGUUACGUUGGAGGAAAUAAACGCUCGAAUUGGUAUGACUCCACCAGAUUCCGAACGCAGUCGAUCGCGGCUUAACUUGGAAACCAUUUUCGAAGGCCAGUUCCUGGAAACUCCACCGAAGAAAGAAUUCGAAUCGAGAACAAACCAAUCGAAUCUUCUGCGCCGUUCAUUGAGGAAUCGGGCACUUUUUGGGGGCGUAGACCCCGUUAGCCAAUCGUCGCCUUCGUCCUCGAAGGGUGGUGAUAUUGAAAACCUAUCCGGGCAGUUCGACAGCGCAUGUAGGAUAAUACGCAACUAGAUAAAUGUAAAGUCGAUAAUUAGUGAGUGCCUUUGGUUUGCCUGAUUUUUUUUUCAGGAAGUUUAAGAUUAUUAUCAUUAAUAUUAGAAUUAAACUCGAUUGCAA